AUGGAAAGCCAGAGAAACAUCUCAGAAUUCAUUCUUUUGGGAUUUUCUCAAGACCCAAACAUACAACUCUUUUGCUUUAUGUUAUUCUUACUCUGUUAUGUUUCCCUCUUGGUAGGAAACCUUCUGAUCCUCGUUACCAUUCAAUGCAGCUCCCUUUUUCACCAACCAAUGUACUAUUUCCUCAGCCACUUAUCUUCUAUGGACAUCUGCUACACCUCUAGUGUCACACCCAAACUCAUUGGUGAUCUGCUAGUGGAAUCAAAAUCCAUCUCUUAUGGUAAUUGCAUGCUACAAGUCUUUACCAUGCAUUUCUUUGGUGGUAUUGAAGUCUUCAUUCUCACUUCAAUGGCUUUUGAUCGCUAUAUUGCUAUCUGCAAACCUCUCCACUACAUGAUCAUCAUGAAGAGAUCAAAGUGUCAUCUUAUGGUCUUAGCUGCAUGGGUUGGUGGGGCAGUCCAUUCUUUUCCUCAACUGUUUAUGGCAAUAAUGUUACCCUUUUGUGGUCCCAAUGAGCUUGAUCACUAUUUCUGUGAUACAUUUUCUUUGCUAAAAGUUGCCUGCACUGAUACCUACAUCACUGGUGUACUUGUGGUUGCCAAUUCAGGUAUAAUUGCCUUAGUAACGUUUAUUGUCUUGGUUGUUUCUUAUGCCAUUAUAUUAUUCACCUUAAGAAAUCAUUCAGCCGAGGGGAGGCGGAAAGCCCUGUCUACUUGUGGCUCUCACAUCACUGUGGUGAUAUUAUUGUUUGGGCCUUCAAUCUUUGUCUACCUCAGACCUCCUACCACUUUCUCUGAGGACAAAAUAUUUGCCCUCUUUUACACCAUUGUUGCUCCGAUGUUCAAUCCUUUAAUUUAUACCUUGAGAAACACUGAGAUGAAAAAUGCUAUGAGAAAAGUUUGGUGUCAAAUUUAUGUUAAAAGGAAGCACACAAAUAAUUUCAAGACUAUCAACUAA